UCCACUAGGAGCCGCUGGGUGAGCUAGCUUCCAGCUGCUCAGGCGCCGUAUCAAUUGUAAGGAAAAGGUUUACUUUAAUGCUGGGUCUACAAGUCUAAAAGAUAGACGCAGUCGGGAAACCGGCACACGGCUACAGUAUUCUACAAAAUGACACGUUUUGUAUUUGUUUGAGAUGAUUUGGAGUAAAAAGUACGUCGUUCCGGACGAGGAGGUUCGGCGGCUUUCCAGCUCUCAACUUUAGACAGCUAGCUAAGGCUAAGCCGACACUUUCUGGGCAACCCGUGCUGCCGGCAGAAGUCGCCCAGCAGUCAUGUUUCAAACGGAAACACACAUAUCGUGCCUUUUCCCGGAAAUCUUGGCCAUUAUUUUCAGCUACUUGGACGUUAAGGACAAAGGGAGGGUAGCACAAGUGUGCGCGGCCUGGAGAGACGCGUCCUACCACAAGUCUGUGUGGAGGGGGGUGGAAGCUAAGCUUCAUCUACGGAGAGCCAACCCGUCUCUGUUCCCCAGUCUGCAGACCAGGGGGAUCAAGAAGGUCCAAAUCCUCAGCUUGAGACGAAGCUUGAGCUACGUGAUUCAGGGGAUGCCGCAGAUCGAAAGCCUUAACUUGUGUGGAUGCUUCAACCUCACCGACAAUGGUCUGGGACAUGCCUUUGUGCAGGACAUCCCAUCCCUGCGUGUCCUCAACCUCAGCUUGUGCAAGCAGAUCACAGACUCCAGCCUGGGCAGGAUCGCCCAGUACCUGAAGAACCUGGAGGUGCUGGAGCUGGGCGGGUGCAGCAACAUCACCAACACCGGCCUGUUGCUCAUUGCUUGGGGGCUGCACAGACUCAAAAGCCUUAACCUUCGCAGCUGCAGGCACGUUUCUGACGUGGGCAUCGGCCACCUGUCAGGGAUGACCCGCAGUGCUGCAGAGGGCUGCCUGACUCUGGAGAAGCUCACUUUGCAGGACUGCCAGAAGCUGACCGAUCUUUCUCUCAAACACGUUUCAAAGGGUCUGAACAAGCUCAAAGUCCUCAACCUCAGUUUCUGCGGGGGGAUCUCUGACGCAGGGAUGAUCCACCUGUCACAGAUGACCCAGCUGUGCAGCCUGAACCUGCGCUCCUGCGAUAACAUCAGUGACACGGGGAUAAUGCAUCUGGCCAUGGGUUCCCUCCGGCUGUCCGGCCUCGACGUCUCUUUCUGCGAUAAGAUCGGGGACCAAAGCCUGGCUUACAUUGCCCAGGGUUUGUAUCAGCUCAAGUCUCUCUCCCUGUGCUCCUGUCACAUCAGCGACGACGGGAUCAACAGGAUGGUGCGCCAAAUGCACGAACUCAAAACUCUGAACAUUGGGCAGUGCGUGCGAAUCACAGACAAAGGUUUGGAGUUGAUAGCUGACCACUUGACUCAGCUGACGGGGAUCGAUCUGUAUGGUUGCACUAAGAUCACCAAGAGGGGUCUGGAGAGGAUAACACAGCUCCCGUGCCUUAAAGUAUUAAACCUCGGACUAUGGCAGAUGACAGAGAGUGAGAGAGUGAGGUGACAGUUUCUCAUUUCAUCCUGUAUAGUGCCGUUGUUCACCUGUAGGCGUUCUUAAUUUAACCUUAAACUGUGAUCACGCAAAGAGGGACCCACCUGGAGCAACUUCUUCCGCAAUGUUUUGUUUUUACCCCAAAGUUUCUCAGACUCUUGCUUUGCCGAACCUGCAGCCUGUGUGCAUUCUGACCAUCCAGCUACCUCGCCCACUGAACACAGGAGUGCCUACUAUUGGUGAAAACUAGACUAGAUUGUAUAUUUUUAGAGAUUUUUUACAUUCAAGAGAAUUUUCAUUGCAGAAUCUUUUUAUUCAAGACAAAAAAAUAAAGGCUUAAGUUUCCUGGAUUUUAAAGUUAUUUCUGGUUUGUUUGUUUGAAUACUUGUAAUUUGUUUGUAUUGAAUAACUGUUGCUGAGAAAAUUUGUACUUCAAAUUGAAGUGGGUGGAUCACUCCUGUCUCUUCAUGUUUACCUGUGUAUAUUUUUUUUUGUAUAUUUCUGAGAAAAUAAUUUAAACAGGAAAUUCACCUCCACAGCUACAGCAAAGUGUUAACAUCUACACAGAUUAUAUGCAAUUAAACUGUUGUUUUUCUUUUGCCUGAAGAGCUUUCAAUCAUAAUGCCAGAGUAUUUGUCCAAAAAAACGCAGUAAUUUAAAAUGUUUUAUAUUCAUAAAAUAGAGGUAUUUAUGAAUAAAGAAUAUAAAUAUG